AACUUUAAAAGAAGAAGCUCCAUGCAUGACACUUAACCCAUUAGAGAGUAAGGUUUCUAUGCCUGCAGUGGAGAAGCGAUGAGGGACACAUGAAGAACAACCCUACUUAGGGUGACUUUGUGAAAUCUAAGUUCUUUUUAAAUGUUCGGUAUUAGACUACAUGGAAGUAUUAUUUGUCUCCCAUCGGAGAUAGUCAUUCAGUUCCAAUGGCCUUUCAGGAACUCCUGAAUCAAGUUGGAAGCCUAGGAAGAUUCCAGAUCCUUCAGAUCUCUUUUGUUCUCUUCCUCGUAGGCCUUGUGGUACCUCAUAUUACAAUGGAGAACUUUACUGCAGCCAUUCCCAAUCAUCGCUGCUGGGCCCCCAUCCUUGACAAUGACACUGCCUCUGAUAAUGGCAGUAGGAUCCUGAGCCAAGAUGACCUCCUGAGGAUCUCCAUCCCCCUGGAUUCCAACCUGAGACUGGAUAAAUGUCGUCGUUUUGCCCAACCACAGUGGCAUCUUCUUCAUUUGAAUGGCACUUUCUCCAAUGAGACAGAGCCAGACACUGAGCCCUGUGUGGAUGGUUGGGUGUAUGACAGGAGCAACUUCCUUUCUACCAUUGUGACUGAGUGGGACCUGGUGUGUGAAUCUCAGGCACUGAAUUCUGUUGCUAAAUUUUCAUUCAUGAUUGGCCUAUUUAUAGGGGCUAUCAUAUGUGGCCAUUUGUCAGACAGGUUUGGGAGGAAGUUCAUUUUAACAUGUGCUUUAUUACAAUUUGCCAUCACUGAAACCUGUGUAGCUUUUGCUCCCUCCUUCUUCAUCUACUGCUUACUUCGAUUCCUGGCAGGAAUGUCUGUGGAACCCAUAUCAGUAAAUAGUCACUUGCUCAUGUUAGAAUGGACAAGCCCUAAAUUCCUAGGCAUGGUGGCAGUGCUUACAUCUUGUGCUGCUAGUAUCGGAUACAUGAUAUUGGCAGGCCUGGCUUUUCUAUUUAGAAUCUGGCGUCACCUCCAGCUAGCAAUGUCUGUGCCAAUAUUCUUCUUCCUUAUACUCACAAGGUGGAUGUCAGAGUCGGCUCGGUGGCUGAUUGUGACCAACAAACCCCAGAAGGGCUUAAAGGAACUUAGAAAAGUUGCACACAUGAAUGGAAUGAAGAAUUCUGGAAAUACCCUAACCAUGGAGGUUGUGGAAGCAAGUAUGAAGAAUGAACUUGAGGCAGCAAAAAGAAAAUCUUCUCCAAGAGACUUGUUCCACACACCCAUCUUACGAAAGCGGAUAUGUGUCCUGUCCUUUAUGAGAUAUUUAUUUACAAUAUCUAUUUUUGGCCUAUCACUUCACCUCCAACACCUGAGUACUAAUAUUAUCCUGUUGCAGUUUCUCAGUAGUGCAUUGGGCAUACUUAUUAGUGUUAUUGGACAUUUUGUUCUUAAUCACAUGGGACGUAGAAUAACUCAGCUGGUUCUCAUGUCCCUGAGGGGAAUAUUCAUGUUGACUGCUGUAUUUGUACCUCAAGGAUUUAUCAUCCCUUACAUACAAUAUAUCUGAGUACUAAUCAAAUAAUUUCUGGUUGCCAUGCUGGAAACUGAAGGCUCAUACUCCAUUAAGGAUCUGGAUAAAAACAGAAGUCAAAAUUUCAUAAAGAAUAUUUAUUACAGUUAAAAGUGUCUGGAGCUGGUGCCAUUUAUUAACAUUAUAGAUUAUUCAUUUUUGGUCAUUACAUUUUUUUAUUCUAGCCAUAUAUGUUUUAGACCUUAUAAUUCUACCCCAGAUUACACAAAAAUGUCUGACUAACUGUAUGUACUAUGUAUGCCAGUUGGGUUGUUAAUCAAGAAAAUAAUUUUUAGUUGUUUUGGAAUAUAUGCGAUGUGCUAAGAAGAACAAGUAGACCAAGAAUUAAAAAUCUCAAGACUGAAUUUACUAAAUUAAGUAAAUUAUAUGUAAUAAGUAGUGGUACUUAUGUGGUCCAUUCCUUUGCUAAAAUGCAGGAUUGUAAUAUGUUUUUUUAAAAAAAUCCCACGAUGAUGGGUUCUAUAACUCUCUCUUAGUUUCUCUCUCUCUCUCUCUCUCUCUCUCUCUCUCUCUCUCUCUCUCUCUCUCUCUCUCUUAGUCACUGUCUAGUUCUGUGAAGAGACACCAUGAUUAAUGGGGAGUCUCAUAAAUGAAAGCACUUAAAUGGAGGUUUGCUUAAUGUGUCAGUGAUUUAGUUCACUAUCAUCAUAACAAGGCUCAUGGUCAUAGAAAAGCAGGGACCUGGUAAAGCAGCUAAUAUAAACAUGAUUCAUAGACCAAGGGAGAGACUGGCCUGGGAUGGGCUUUUGACACCUCAAAUUCCAACCUAUGAUACAAUUCCUCCAAUACACCUACUUAUCAUUCUAUUGUUUUCCAAUAGUGUCACUGGCCCCAGUGACUAAGCAUUCAAAACUAUGAGUCUUGAGGGGUCAUUCUUAUUCGAACUAUCACUUUCAAUCUCUGGGCCCGGUAGACAUUCAGUCCAACUUCAAAAGUCCCCUCAGCCGAUUGCUGUCUCCACACUGUUUAUAACUCCAUAAUUUAAGUCUCUCUCACACUCACAGCUAUCUCUUAAAUCCAAUCGGUUGUAAAUUCAAAAUAAAAAAUCUGAUCACAUCCAAUAUACAAUGGCACAGAAUAUUCAUUUCUAUUCAAAAAAGAAAGAUAUAGACAAUGUGGAGCUACUAUCCCAAAGCAAAUGAAAACCUGUAGGGCAAACUCUAAACUCUGCACUUCCAUGUCUGAUAUCAAAUGCCCUUUUGAUUCCAAACUCCUUUCAUCCUUGUUUGCUGUAACUCAUUUCUAUCUCUUGGGUUGGUUCCACUCCUGCUCUGCAGCUCCCCUUAGCAUGUAUGACUGUGGCAACAUGAACAUCUUGAGGUCUCAAAUGAAAGCCAGGGUUCACUUGCAUAACUUCAGACUAUGGUCUCUUUUGGUCUCCAUCAGGGAACUGCCUGGCACAUGCUUGCAAUCAGAUGAUUUCCUCAGUCAUGGAGGUAUAUAUAACCCCAUUUUUACACCCUUGACUUUUAGUCCCGAUCCAAUUGUCUAAACCUAUCAUGUUUGGCUGCUUAAUGGGGAUGGAACUUGGCCUCCUUAUUUAAUUAUUUAUUUUUAUUUAAUUAUAUUAUACCAGCUUUCUUUUGGGGAUGGUUUCAUUUGCAACUUAAUUUUUUAAAAACAGUUUUGAAAAGUUGGAAGCAUACCUAGUUUAGUGCUCACACUGAGGUUAUCACUCCAUUUAUUCCACUGAGCUUUAGACUUUUUUUUUAAAUCUCCUUAAUAACCAGCCUUAGGUCUAUUAUAGUUACUGGCACUCAUUUUCUCCUCAAACUAUACAUUUUGCAUUAUUUUUAUUUCUCUGUUUGUUGG